UUCCGAGCAGAAGCAAACAUGGACGUCACAUGUGAGAGAAUGACCUAAACAUGAUCCUGCUUUCUGAGGGGAAAACCAGCCGAGACAACAAGUGGAGCGCAGAGCGGCGGCAUGACGGAGGAGAAAUGUCCGCAGCUGGUGGACUACUUUGUGGUGGCGGGUCUGGACCCUGGGGGGGCUUGGAAGCCGCUGGACGAGGACGGGAAGACCUCCUCUUCCUCCUCCUCCUCCACCUCCUCCUCCUCUUCCUCGGGCCGGGCGGUGGAGUCGGUGACGGACCUGGCGGUGAUCGCGCGGGGUCUCGGGGAGGAGGUGCCGGAGGGCUUCACCUGCAUUGAGAGGACUCUGGGAGGACACAGCGCGGAGCUGAGCGCCGGCAUCAUCAACAACCCUCACCUGUACCUGUGCUACCGGCGGGGGCGGGACAAGCCCCCCAUCCUCGACCUCGGGGUGCUGUAUGAGGGGAAGGAGCAGCUGAAGCCGGGCUGGUUCGUGAUCGAGACGACGCCCUACAGCCGCUCUGCGUCCCUGAGCUCGGGGGGGGGCCCCGCGGCGCACCGGGUGUUCCUGAUGUACCGCCGGGCGCUGGACUCUCAGGGCCUCCACACGCUGGGCGUCACCGACAUCGCCCUGCUGCUGCCCGGCAAGGCAGAGGUCGCCCCGCACACCUUCUGCCGCGUGGACAAGAACCUCAACACCGGCAUGUGGGGUCCGGCUCUCUACGUGUGCUACAAGCGAGCCGUGGCCAAAGCCAACGCCCUGCUGUACGAAGCCAGUCUGCUCAGCCGGUACCCUCAGGAGGACCUCGAGGCGUUCCCUCUCCCUGAGUCGGUGCCGGUGUUCUGUCUGCCGAUGGGCGUCACCGUGGAGAGCUGGCCUCUCAACACCAAGUACCAGCUGCCCGUGUUCUCCACCUUCGUGCUCACCUCCGCCUGCGGGGACAAGGUGUACGGCGCAGCGAUCCAGUUCUACGAGUCGUUCUCCCGCGACCUGCUGUCGGAGCGGCAGAGCGUUCGCCUCGGACUGCUGAGCGUCGUCGACCGUCGGCCAAUCAGCAGCCGCAGCCUGCAGGUGAAGAAGAGCAUCUGCGUCCUCUCACACUGGCCCUUCUUCACCGUCUUCCAGAAGUUUCUCACCUUCGUCUACAGAUACUCCAUCUCCGGACCCCACGUGCUGCCGCUCGAGAAACACAUCUCCAGCUUCAUGCACAACGUCCCGUUCCCUUCCCCGCAGCGGCCUCGCAUCCUCGUUCAGCUGUCUCCCUAUGAUAACCUGGUUCUCUGCCAGCCCGUCUCCUCUCCGAUACCCCUCAGUGGGGCGAGUUUCCUGAAGCUGCUGCAGAACCUCGGUCCGGAGAACGCCUGCACUCUGCUGCUGGCCGUCCUCACCGAACACAAGCUGCUGCUGCACUCUCUGAGGCCUGACGUGCUCACCUCCGUCAGCGAGGCCCUUGUCUCCAUGAGCUUCCCGCUGCGCUGGAUCUGUCCCUACAUCCCUCUCUGCCCGCUGCAGAUGGCGGCCGUGCUGCUGGCUCCGAUGCCCUUCAUCGUGGGCGUCCACUCCAGCUACUUCGACCUGGAGGACCCCCCCACCGACGUGGUGUGUGUGGACCUGGACACCAACACCAUCUUCCAGUCAGACGACAAGAAGCCGCUGUCAUGGCGAUCUUUACCCAGAAAACCCGGCAAGACGCUGUUCAACACGCUGACCAACCUGCACAAGACGCUGGAGCAGAUCUGCACCCCCGGCCAGGAGGAGGCCACGCUGGAGUUCCUGCUGACGGACUACGAUCAGAUCUACCGCAGCCAGAAGCAGCUGGAGCUGGAGAUCCAGGAGGCCUUCCUGCGCUUCAUGAGCGUCCUGCUGAGAGGGUACCGCUCCUUCCUGCUGCCCAUCACCCAGGCCCCGUCUGACACCACCACCGACUGCAGCUCGCUCUUCAACCUGCAGGGCUUCCUGAAGUCUCGGGACCGAACGCAGCAGAAGAUCUACGGCCAGCUGACGAGGACCCAGAUGUUCACGCAGUUCGUCGAGGAGUGCUCCUUCGUCAGCGACCGCCACGCCUGCCUCGAGUUCUUCGACGAGUGCGUCCAAAAGACGGACGUGGAGAAACCGGAGGAGGUGCGUCUCAUCGACCUGGACGAGUCUCACGGAGGAGAACACACCGUCUUCAUCAUGCCUCCGGAGGAACCGCAGGAACCGGACGGCUCCGAGUGCCCCGCCCUCUACAGUUACGAGACGUUCCCCUCUCUGAGGCCCGAGCUCUUCGAGCGGCCCCAGGAUCAGAUCAGGGUCCCCUUAAAGGGCAGCGCCCCCAGCAGCCCGGCCCCCCGCCGCACCAAACAGGAGAUAAAGCUGGCUCAGAAGCGUGCUCAGAAGUACUCGUCGGUGCCGGACAUGUGGUCCAAGUGUCUGCUGGGCCACUGCUACGGCCUGUGGUUCAUCUACCUGCCCACCUUCGUCAGGGCCGAGAGCAACAAGGUGCGCUCGCUGCACAUCGCCUACGACGUGCUCAAACACAUGGAGAACCGCAAGGUGGUGCUGCCGGACGAGGUGUGUUACAGGAUCCUGAUGCAGCUGUGUGGUCAGUACGGUCAGCCGGUGCUCGCUGUGCGCGUCCUGCUGGAGAUGAAGAAGGCGGGCAUCACUCCCAACACCAUCACCUACGGAUACUACAACAAGGCGGUGCUGGAGAGCAAGUGGCCGUCGACCAAUCAGGGAGGCCGCCUGCGCUGGGCUAAGCUGAGGAACGUCCUAUUGGCUGUGGCUCAGUUCAGGGAGCCAAUCAGAUGCCGGCAGAAGAACGGAUCAGUGGGGUCACAUGGAGUUGAGGUGAUGUCCCGCCCCCACUCGACUCUGAUUCGUCAGUCGAGUUGGAGCGGUUUGUCUGAAAGCUCGAGUCACGAGUCUCUGACGGGGGGGCUGGUGAAGAGCAGCAGCCUGGGCAGCAUGAAGACCCCCGCCGACACAGUGAAGCUCUGCAGGAAGACCCUCCUUCGUAACACGGGGUCAAACGGGGGGGACGCCGUCUCCAGAAAACCCCCGCUGGGCCGCAGGGACGCCUCCACCCCCCCACUGGGCCGCAAGGACCCCUCCACCCCCCCGCCGGCGCCCCCUGGUGUAGCUCUGGUGCCGCGCAGCCAGGUCUGCCUCUCCACCUUCUACAAGGAGUGUUCGGAGGCAGAGGACCCCCAGCAGGAGAGGGGGGGCCGACCUGUGUCGACGCGAGACUCCGGCAGGAACAAAGACGAGAACUACAACAACGUUUCCUCGCCCAGCAGGGGGGGGCUGGCAGGGAAACUACAGCAGCUCCUCACGCCCACCAGACACCGAGGAGCACGACGCGCCGCCAGCGUGGACGAGAGGAGAGGAAGAGGAGGAGGAGGGGGAGGGGGAGUCGUGCGCAGGGUCUCUGAGCAGAGGACGUCCAGGAAAUCUCAAGUAGCAGAAACUCUGCUGAGAGCCAAAGAGAGGCUGGUCAGCGCCACAUCAGAGAGUUCCUUGUCAGUAGGGAGCGACGUGGACCUGACGGAGACGCCCAGCCCGGCGUUCCCUCUGCGUCGGUCCUGGGACGCCAACCAGGAGGCGAUCGGACUCGAGGUGUUGAUAUCCAGCUGCUCUCUGUGUCGCAGCUGUAACUCGUUGGUUUACGACGAGGAGAUCAUGGCCGGCUGGACGUCGGACGACUCGAACCUGAACUCGUCGUGUCCGUUCUGCGGCGCCUCCUUCGUCCCCUUCCUGAACGCCGAGAUCUGCGACCUGGGGCCCGUCGGCAGUGCGGAGCGUGGCAACUGGAACGUGGAGGAGGAGGAGGUGGAGAGCGCGGCGCGGCCCCCCAGUGGUCAGGAGGCGUUGCUGCGGCCCCCCAGUGGUCAGGAGGCGUCGCUGCGGCCGCAGUGUAACGGAGUGAGCGAAGACUCCAGCUCGGAGACCAGCAGCUACUCGGAGAACAGCAGGACCACCACGGGCUCGUGGACAGGUGCCCCCCCCCUGGUGACGGUGGCGUACCUGAGCCCUCUGGUCCUGAGGAAGGAGCUGGAGAGUCUUCUGGAGAACGAGGGCGAGGCGGUGCUGGCGCAGCUGCAGUUCCUGGACAACCACUCCAUCAUCUUCUGGAACCUUCUGUGGUACUUCCAGCGCCUCGGGCUGCCCAGCAACCUGCUGCAGCUGGUGAGGGCCUCGCCACUGGUCAGCUCCUUCACUCAGUCUGAGAGCUCAGCGGUGAGGGUGAGGCUGCUGUGGGACACGCUGACCCCCGACACCGACCUGUGGCCCCCCCUCUACAUCCUCUGGAGGAUCCACAGCGGGGUCCAGAUGAGGAGCCACGGCUGGCGGAGGCACUCCCACCCCUUCACCCUCUCCUUCCUGGAGGAGGUGCUGCGCUGGGUCGGGAUGAACGAGGUGCACAAAGCCAUCACACUCUUCCUGGAGACCAUCGCCAAGCAGCCGGGGGGGGGCUGCACCCAGAGGAGUCUGUACAGAGAGUUCCUCUUCCUCACGAUGGCAGCUAUGGGCAAAGACCACGUCGCUGCGUUCGAUAAGAAGUACAAGGCGGCGUACUCUCGCCUCGCCGGCUCUCUGGGUCGAGACGAGCUGCGGAGGAAACGAGCGCAGCCGCUCAGCCCCAAAGCAGUCGACUGCAGGCGCAGCUUCCACCCCCCCCUGGAGUGCUGAAGACCCAGGACCCCCCCCCCCCCCCCCCCUGGAGUGCUGAAGACCCAG